AUGGAGCAGGGCACAUGGAGCAGGGCACAUGGAGCAGGGCACAUGGAGCAGGGCACAUGGAGCAGGGCACAUGGAGCAGGGCACAUGGAGCAGGGCACAUGGAGCAGGGCACAUGGAGCAGGGCACAUGGAGCAGGGCACAUGGAGCAGGGCACAUGGAGCAGGGCACAUGGAGCAGGGCACAUGGAGCAGGGCACAUGGAGCAGGGCACAUGGAGCAGGGCACAUGGAGCAGGGCACAUGGAGCAGGGCACAUGGAGCAGGGCACAUGGAGCAGGGCACAUGGAGCAGGGCACAUGGAGCAGGGCACAUGGAGCAGGGCACAUGGAGCAGGGCACAUGGAGCAGGGCACAUGGAGCAGGGCACAUGGAGCAGGGCACAUGGAGCAGGGCACAUGGAGCAGGGCACAUGGAGCAGGGCACAUGGAGCAGGGCACAUGGAGCAGGGCACAUGGAGCAGGGCACAUGGAGCAGGGCACAUGGAGCAGGGCACAUGGAGCAGGGCACAUGGAGCAGGGCACAUGGAGCAGGGCACAUGGAGCAGGGCACAUGGAGCAGGGCACAUGGAGCAGGGCACAUGGAGCAGGGCACAUGGAGCAGGGCACAUGGAGCAGGGCACAUGGAGCAGGGCACAUGGAGCAGGGCACAUGGAGCAGGGCACAUGGAGCAGGGCACAUGGAGCAGGGCACAUGGAGCAGGGCACAUGGAGCAGGGCACAUGGAGCAGGCACAUGGAGCAGGGCACAUGGAGCAGGGCACAUGGAGCAGGGCACAUGGAGCAGGGCACAUGGAGCAGGGCACAUGGAGCAGGGCACAUGGAGCAGGGCACAUGGAGCAGGGCACAUGGAGCAGGGCACAUGGAGCAGGGCACAUGGAGCAGGGCACAUGGAGCAGGGCACAUGGAGCAGGGCACAUGGAGCAGGGCACAUGGAGCAGGGCACAUGGAGCAGGGCACAUGGAGCAGGGCACAUGGAGCAGGGCACAUGGAGCAGGGCACAUGGAGCAGGGCACAUGGAGCAGGGCACAUGGAGCAGGGCACAUGGAGCAGGGCACAUGGAGCAGGGCACAUGGAGCAGGGCACAUGGAGCAGGGCACAUGGAGCAGGGCACAUGGAGCAGGGCACAUGGAGCAGGGCACAUGGAGCAGGGCACAUGGAGCAGGGCACAUGGAGCAGGGCACAUGGAGCAGGGCACAUGGAGCAGGGCACAUGGAGCAGGGCACAUGGAGCAGGGCACAUGGAGCAGGGCACAUGGAGCAGGGCACAUGGAGCAGGGCACAUGGAGCAGGGCACAUGGAGCAGGGCACAUGGAGCAGGGCACAUGGAGCAGGGCACAUGGAGCAGGGCACAUGGAGCAGGGCACAUGGAGCAGGGCACAUGGAGCAGGGCACAUGGAGCAGGGCACAUGGAGCAGGGCACAUGGAGCAGGGCACAUGGAGCAGGGCACAUGGAGCAGGGCACAUGGAGCAGGGCACAUGGAGCAGGGCACAUGGAGCAGGGCACAUGGAGCAGGGCACAUGGAGCAGGGCACAUGGAGCAGGGCACAUGGAGCAGGGCACAUGGAGCAGGGCACAUGGAGCAGGGCACAUGGAGCAGGGCACAUGGAGCAGGGCACAUGGAGCAGGGCACAUGGAGCAGGGCACAUGGAGCAGGGCACAUGGAGCAGGGCACAUGGAGCAGGGCACAUGGAGCAGGGCACAUGGAGCAGGGCACAUGGAGCAGGGCACAUGGAGCAGGGCACAUGGAGCAGGGCACAUGGAGCAGGGCACAUGGAGCAGGGCACAUGGAGCAGGGCACAUGGAGCAGGGCACAUGGAGCAGGGCACAUGGAGCAGGGCACAUGGAGCAGGGCACAUGGAGCAGGGCACAUGGAGCAGGGCACAUGGAGCAGGGCACAUGGAGCAGGGCACAUGGAGCAGGGCACAUGGAGCAGGGCACAUGGAGCAGGGCACAUGGAGCAGGGCACAUGGAGCAGGGCACAUGGAGCAGGGCACAUGGAGCAGGGCACAUGGAGCAGGGCACAUGGAGCAGGGCACAUGGAGCAGGGCACAUGGAGCAGGGCACAUGGAGCAGGGCACAUGGAGCAGGGCACAUGGAGCAGGGCACAUGGAGCAGGGCACAUGGAGCAGGGCACAUGGAGCAGGGCACAUGGAGCAGGGCACAUGGAGCAGGGCACAUGGAGCAGGGCACAUGGAGCAGGGCACAUGGAGCAGGGCACAUGGAGCAGGGCACAUGGAGCAGGGCACAUGGAGCAGGGCACAUGGAGCAGGGCACAUGGAGCAGGGCACAUGGAGCAGGGCACAUGGAGCAGGGCACAUGGAGCAGGGCACAUGGAGCAGGGCACAUGGAGCAGGGCACAUGGAGCAGGGCACAUGGAGCAGGGCACAUGGAGCAGGGCACAUGGAGCAGGGCACAUGGAGCAGGGCACAUGGAGCAAGGCACAUGGAGCAGGGCACAUGGAGCAGGGCACAUGGAGCAGGGCACAUGGAGCAGGGCACAUGGAGCAGGGCACAUGGAGCAGGGCACAUGGAGCAGGGCACAUGGAGCAGGGCACAUGGAGCAGGGCACAUGGAGCAGGGCACAUGGAGCAGGGCACAUGGAGCAGGGCACAUGGAGCAGGGCACAUGGAGCAGGGCACAUGGAGCAGGGCACAUGGAGCAGAGCACAUGGAGCAGGGCACAUGGAGCAGGGCACAUGGAGCAGGGCACAUGGAGCAAGGCACAUGGAGCAGGGCACAUGGAGCAGGGCACAUGGAGCAGGGCACAUGGAGCAGGGCACAUGGAGCAGGGCAGAGAGGGCACAGGAUGGGAGGACGGCGGCUGAAAGGAGGUCCAGGGGCUGGGAUCGGAGCCAGACGGACGUGGAAACGGAUUCCGUCAAACGAGACAUGCAGGUAGGAGAUCCGCUUACAGUUUACCAGGUUCUUAAAACUACACACGCCAGGUUUCUUCUCAUGGCGUGCACAGUAACAGCAGCGUCAGUAGCCAAGAGCUCGCUCGGCGCUCCCAUGGUGGCUGCGAAGGCGGAAAGCGCAUCCACGCCGCAACGAUUAACGGCAUCUCCGCCACCCCGUUCUAUCAGCGGUGGCGAUGCUUCUGCUACGCGCCGGUCGAGGUCAACGGGAAUCGCGAGGGGGAAGCCCUAUGGAGUUGAACCGCAUGUUAACCUUAACGAGAUAAGCGAGGAGGAGAAGGCGCGGCUGGUGGCGGCGGCGCAGAAGAAGAUCGCGGCGGAGCUGAAGGAGCGCGAGGAGAAGCUCAAGGCGGACGCCGCCAGGGCGCACCUGGACCACGAGCUCAAGUUCGGCAAGAUGAUGUUCGACCAGGGCAAUUUCGAGACAGCAAUGGCGCAUUACAACAAGGUGCUCAAGCAAGCGGGCGAGCAGUCAUACCACCACGGCGAGGCCACCCUGCAAAAGGCCGCGUGCCUGGAGAAGCUUGGGCGCGAUGCUGAGGCCAAGAGCCUGUACGAGUCGCUCAUCCAGUUCCGCGCGCCCUACCCCAACAUCAAGCGCCGCGCUGCACAGGCUCUCUUCGGCACGGAUGGGGAGCAGGCAAAGGAGACGUCGCUGUUCGAUGACUACAUGUACCGCAUGUUCCUGUCGGGGUUUGGGCGGUACAUGCCCAAGGCCAAGUAUGUGGAGACGAAGCAGGAGAAGAUGGUGAUUCAGCUGCUGCCCUGGACGAUUCUGGCCAUGGCGCCGCUACUGUUUGUGUGGCUGAUGAUUCGAGGCAACUAG